AUGAUCUUCCCAGGCCUGCUGCGUAACAACCUCAGCCAGCACGACAAGAUCAUCUGGGGCGACGUCCUCGCCAUAGAAGAGGAAGACGGCAGCUGCGCCCUCGUGCACGCGCUCGAGUACGACCACCUGGCUCUGUUCGACGACUGCCUGCGCAUCAUCGACUUCGCCGCCCUGCAGGCCUCCAGCGCCGAGCUCUUCACCCACCAGCUCGGCAAGCUCAUCAAGCAGUGCGCCUACGUCGGGAGCAUCGAGUGCGUGCGGCACCGGCACAGGAAGUUCCCGAGACCGACCAAGGCCGUCGUCCGGAUCCUGCUCGGCGAACUCUUGGAUGGUGCUCUGCGACGGAACAAUCUGGACUUCGCGCGAGCCCUGGCUGCGGCGUUUCGGAUGGACGGGCUCGCGGAGCAGCUUGGCGAUGUAUCCUAUCUAAGCCUCGACUCGGUCAACAGCGCCUCCACGGCACGGACGCUCUCACGCGAAGAUGCGUACACGCAUAUGGCGAGUUCGACGUAUAGUAUGCUCCAUCACCAUUGCAACCACCCGAACACUUCCACAGCCCUCCUCGAGACACUCAUCACCGAGUUCCGGAUCGAGGUCAACGCUGUAGACGGCGGUCUGCGCUGGGGAGCUCAAAUCCCCGAAGCCGUCCAGGAGAAAAUCACCUGCCGCACGGCUCUAGACUACGCGUGCUCACACCUCAACGUCAAGGCCGCGAAGACACUCUUGCGGUUAGGCGCACACGUAGGAGGCGCGCACGCCGUCAAGGCCCAGGCCCUUGCCUCCGGCCAGGUGAUCCGGUGGAAGGCCCCGACGCCUCUGUCGCUCGUCAUGGACCAGGCCAUCGACGGCAUCGGGCGGUGUCCCUGGAAGCACCACCUAGACAAGCGCACAGCGUGGUGUUUCCACGAAGAAGACCUCGGCGUCCCGGAGUACACGUUCAUCCGGGAGAUACAGUUCAGCCCCCGCGGACAGCUCACCGGGUGCGUAUGCGCGGAACAACUCGAUGAGCACAUGGUACCCGUCUGGCUACGGUUGGUGAAGGCGUUCUGCGACCGCGUCUGCGCGACGACUGAGGUCCUCCUAGCACACGGCGCGGGUGCACAUAUAAAUAUUCCCGAUCACCUAGGUAGGCUACCUUUUGAUCGCUUUCUGCAGCUCACGAACAGUAUCUUCCAGAGGCUGGAGGAGGACCGUGCGAGGAGGCCCGUGGUUGAUGGGGAGUUCCUACUGAUGGCGGGAGUCAGAGAACCGCUUGAGAGCAUGGGCACGGUGUGUGAUCUUCUGAUCGAUGCCGGUGCCCGUUCCCAUUACGGGUUUAGCUUUGGCGAGAGAAGCGGCUUGGACCGCCUGUUUGAGCUCGUUGGCUACGAGGAGCCCGUUGACGUCCACGACUACUUAGGAAUUAUGCGGACGAGGUAUCGAGUGAUAGAUUCGUUAGUCGACGGUGAUAGCUGCGAAGAUUAG